AGCCUCUAAGAAAGGUUCCCUAGCAAGCCACCGCUUGGUUGCAUCCAUGCGUACCCCUGUGCACUCUCGCGCUGAGCCAGACUCUGCGUGCAGAAAUGAAAUAGGCAGAGCCUUUGUUCUCAAAGAACUCGGGCUGAAACGGAAGGCGGGUAUUUCUGCUGGAGCAGAGUCCGAGCAGCUGUAGAGAGAGGCGCAGACUGCUGUGGGGCACGGCCUUGGAAGGGAGGGGGCGUGCUAUCGAGAAAUGCUCUUCCUGGGAAGCUGAGAAGGGGCAGGCACAGCGUGCAGAUGGGUGUGCAGUGGAGAGGGCCAGCUGAAAUAUCGAGCAGAGGACCAAAAUCGAUGAUCUCCUUGGCUGGUGGCUUACCAAAUCCAAACAUGUUUCCUUUUAAGACUGCUGUAAUCACUGUAGAAAAUGGAAAGACCAUCGAAUUUGGAGAAGAGAUGAUGAAGAGAGCACUUCAGUAUUCUCCGAGUGCUGGAAUUCCAGAGCUUUUGUCCUGGCUUAAACAGUUACAAAUAAAAUUGCAUAAUCCUCCUACUGUCCAUUACCCACCCAGUCAAGGACAAAUGGACCUAUGUGUCACAUCUGGCAGCCAACAAGGUCUUUGUAAGGUGUUUGAAAUGAUCAUUAACCCUGGAGAUAAUGUCCUCCUAGAUGAACCUGCUUAUUCAGGAACUCUUCAAAGUCUGCACCCACUGGGCUGCAACAUUAUUAAUGUUGCCAGUGAUGAACAUGGGAUUGUUCCAGAUUCCCUAAGAGACAUACUUUCCAGAUGGAAACCAGAAGAUUCAAAGAAUCCCCAGAAAAACACCCCCAAAUUUCUUUAUACUGUUCCAAGUGGCAACAACCCUACUGGAAACUCAUUAACAAGUGAACGCAAAAAGGAAAUCUAUGAGCUUGCAAGAAAAUAUGAUUUCCUCAUAAUAGAAGAUGAUCCUUACUAUUUUCUCCAGUUUAACAAGUUCAGGGUACCAACAUUUCUUUCCAUGGAUGUUGAUGGACGUGUCAUCAGAGCUGACUCUUUUUCAAAAAUCAUUUCCUCCGGGUUGAGAAUAGGAUUUUUAACUGGUCCAAAACCCUUAAUAGAGAGAGUUAUUUUACACAUACAAGUUUCAACAUUGCACCCCAGCACUUUCAACCAGCUCAUGAUAUCACAGCUUCUACAUGAUUGGGGAGAAGAGGGUUUCAUGGCUCAUGUAGAUAGGGUUACUGAUUUCUAUAGUAACCAGAAGGAUGCAAUAUUGGCAGCUGCAGACAAGUGGUUAACUGGUUUGGCAGAAUGGCAUGUUCCUGCUGCUGGAAUGUUUUUAUGGAUUAAAGUUAAAGGCAUUAAUGAUGUAAAAGAACUGAUUGAAGAAAAAGCCGUUAAGAUGGGGGUAUUAAUGCUCCCUGGAAAUGCUUUCUACAUCGAUAGCUCAGCUCCUAGCCCUUACUUGAGAGCAUCCUUCUCUUCAGCUUCUCCAGAACAGAUGGAUAUGGCCUUCCAGGUAUUAGCACAACUUAUAAAAGAAUCUUUAUGAAGAAAUUAAACUAGGUUGGGCAUGGUGGCUCACACCUAUAAUCCCAGCACUUUGGGAGGCUGAGGAGGGAGGAUCACUUGAGCCCAGGAAUUCAAGGCUGCAGUAAGCUACGAUCACACCACUGCACUGUGGCCUGCGUGGCAGAACAAGACCCUGUCUCUUAAAAAAGAGAAAAAAAGAAAUCAAACUAAUCAUGCUGCUCAUGGAUUUUUCCAAUAAAUUUCUUGUUUUGUCAGGAA